AUGGGCUCCAACAUGAUGGGAAUCAAGGCUGAUUUCUUGUAUAAAAACCUGACUCGCAUCGUUGUUGAAAAAGACACAUCUGUAUUCCAAACUCUCCCGUCUCGAAAACUUAUACCGGAGCUGCUGGGACAUAUGACCGAAACCAUUCCAAAAGAGAUCUUUGAGGUCCAGGAUGAUACGUCUCAAUUGAUUGAGCGGCUGCAAAGGCUAGCAAGCCAUUUGAACUCGCGGUUUACCGGAAAUGACACUUAUCCAUUCACUAUACAAAGAAUCUGCGAAGUGUGCUACCAUCCUCUCAAAUAUUUUAAAACCCACGAGCUGGCCAAAUUCGUCAACGCAUUGGAACGGUGCUGUUUGGUGAGUAGCUCUUUGGAAAACGAGUCGCACGCCCCUUGCGAGAAAAAUGGAAGCGAUACAGGCGAUGUAUCGCUGAAAAGAAUAGCCUGGGUGAACGAAAGCGAAGAAAAGGGCCUUGCAACGUUUUUACGGGAAAUAGAAGCCACCGUAUGCGUCAAUUUUGGAUACGAAAACGAUGAUGACGAAGAUGACGACAUGAAUCACUCGGAACAGAUCGGUACGGCGUACGUUAACAACGAAGCCGAAGACGAUGACGAAGAGGACGGUGACUAUAUUGCGGAGGAAGAGUUGAAAGACGACGAGGACGACGAGGACGAAGAAGAUGGAGAAGAUGAUGAAGAUCAAGAAUUUGACGAAGACGAUGAUGGUAGUGAUUCUGAGAACGGUCUCGACGAGAAAAUGCCGAAUUCUCAAAAGGCCACCACUGAAGACACGGAAACUACCGAUACGACUCACGCAAGAACAAAAGGGUUAAGGGACGCUAUGUCAAUCGACAGGCGCGAACCAGUGGUUGAGGGUGCAGGCGCCCUUGAAGAAGAAGAUUCAACGAGCGAAGACGACGAUCUCGACGCCAAAGACGUUUUUCGUAAGCGGAAACCAACAGAAAUGGACGUUUAUGAUUAUGAGGAAAAGGAAGAGGCAAGUAUAACCACCCCAAAAAAACAGCGGGCAAUAAACCCCACUACGACGCUAGCACAUUCUCCCAUGUUCGCUCAAGGUUCUGCUGUUCAAAGCGCCAGUCUCGAACAACAAAUUUCGAUGCUAGUCUCUCCAAGUUCCGUAUCAUCAUCCGAAAAUAAGAAAAUCACAGCGAUAUCUGGUGAAUAUCUCGAGAAGACUAGCCCGCUGGCAAACAAAAGUGGGAAAAGAUAG